AUGGUAGGAGGAACUUCUACUGGAGAAGAGUGCCUGACUGUCACUCCUACGGAGACCCCAGCACACUCCCCUCCACCUACUACUUCUAGCACUCCUACGGAGACUCGAUUUAUGGCCACACGCGGCGACACCGCGUCGAUAUUCCAGUCUGCCGAGACCGAAACGUUCCAAACGGAAACCGGCGCCGGUUCAACAACAAGACCCGAAUUCCGAUCCGAACGUCGAACCGAUUCCGUCUACACCGACGCCGGCGAAGCUGAUCCGGAUCCGGCGAUGGAAGCUGUUACUUCAUCAACAUCAAUCAGACACCGCGCGGCGUCGGUAACGACAACCGUAACCACGGCAACAUCGGAGGAGGAUCCGAAUCCGACCCUACGACCGACGCUGCAUCCCUAUCACAGACUCGCGGUGUCCGGCCGUGCCUAUACGGCGCCCGUGAACGCCAUCUCUCUAGCGGAGUUCCUCGAUAGUCUGUCGCAGAUCGGCCGCCAGAAGACAGCGCUCACAGAUGGCAGCACCGUCGCACGGUUGACGGGCGCUGACGAGCUGUCCUCCACGAAUAAACCAGUCAAGGUCAUCACAGCAGCGCCAACGAUAGUGACUGGUGAACGGGCGGCGGGUUUUUCUGGAGAUAACACAGCAGUUGGUGACUUUGUCAGUGACGCUGGCUCGGCACGUAGGGUAGCGGAGCACGUGACAGCGUCGGGAGGUGAAGCCAUACUGACGCAUACACCUUAUAGAACUACCGCGACGAUGACGAUGGAGGAAUCUGCUAUGCCUAGUGAUGAGACAUCUACCGUGCCUCGUGAGACAUCUGCUAUGCCUAGUGAUGAGACAUCUACCGUGCCUCGUGAGACAUCUGCUAUGCCUAGUGAUGAGACAUCUACCGUGCCUCGUGAGACAUCUGGUAUGAAGUACAUCUACCGUGCCUUCGUGGAGACCAUCUGCCAUGGCCCUAGUGAUGAGACAUUUACCGUGCACUCGUAG